GGAAGAAAAUGGAGUGGAGUCUGAGCGGGAACGCUCUCAAGACCUUCGCUCGCUCUGUCACGUGCCUUGCACGUGUGGGAAACGAGCUCGCCAUCCAAGCUUCUCCUUCUCAGCUUGCUUUUCACACAAUCAAUUCAUCACGGUCGGCCUAUCAAUCUAUUACAUUUAAGCCUGAUUUCUUUGAUUUAUAUACAAUUUCUGGUGCCCAAGUACAAUGCAGUGUGCUUUUGAAGGCCAUUUGUGCUGUUCUGAGGACACCCAUUGCAAGUAUUGAUCAUUUGUCCGUGCAAUUGCCUGAUCCUGAUGCGUCAAAAGUGCAGUUGACUUUGAAUUGCUACAAUGGUGUGAAAAAGGCCUAUUGGAUUACUUGCAAUGUUGAACCCGACAUACAACAUUUGUCUCUUGAUAGGACAAGAUUCCCCAGCAACUUUGUAGUGAGGCCUCGAGAUCUCAACAGACUGCUAGCUAAUUUUCAGUCAUCUCUUCAGGAGAUUACAAUCAUUGCAACAGAACCCACUUCCUUACCCUCUGAUGCUGCAGGUGAAAUAGGCGGAAAAGCUGUUGAACUUAGAUCUUAUAUAGAUCCAACCAAAGACAAUGACUCCUCAUUACACACUCAGUUGUGGAUAGAUCCUAUGGAAGAGUUUGUGCAGUAUGCGCACUCUGGAGACCCUGUAGAUGUGACAUUUGGUGUGAAGGAAUUGAAGGCAUUUCUGUCUUUCUGUGAGGGAGGUGAAGUUGAUAUUCACUUAUUUUUCGAGAAAGCUGGCGAGCCAAUUUUAAUGGCACCAAAAUUCGGUUUGGAUGAUGGAUCCAGUUCAAAUUUUGAUGCUACACUUGUUCUCGCGACCAUGCUUACAUCACAGCUUCAUGAAGGAAAUCCUUCACAAGCUCCGCCAGCAGAUGAUGUAAUGAUUGGCCAAGCUGAUCAUGGGAUGGGUUCCCAAGCACAACAAGGGAUUCCAAGAGCAAAUGUUUCUGGGCAUCCAUCUGAUCACACCAAAAUUUGGUCUGACCUCUCAGGAAGUGCAGCCAAAAGUGGCAGUGGUGCUGAAGGCAGGCAUGUUCAGGACGAAAGAAAUCCAAGUGCUGCUGAGCAAAGGGAAAUUCAAAGGAUUAGUACAAUACAAAUUUCAAAGGCAAGAUCUUCUGGGGGAAAUGUGCCUGGUGACUCUAAUCCCUGCCAACCUACAGAAGCAGAUCAUGCAGAAGAUCCUCAAGCUGGAGCAGAAAUUAAUGCUCAAGCUUUUUCGCAACGCCAUCCUAGCAACUGGGUAGAUGCUGAUGAAGAUGACGACGAAGCAGAUGAUAAUGAACUGUGUGUUCAGUCAACCCCUCCAUACUAUGAAUAACAAAUAAGAAUUAUGCAUCUCCUCUUCCUCAUGAUAACUGAUGUCUCUCUUCUUUUAACCUGAUCUUACUGUGUCAGAUAUCGUGUUCUGAAUCCAGCAUUUUAGAGCUGUUGUUUGAUGAUGUGCUCUGGUUUUGGGUGAUGGAAAGCAGAGGCAUUACAUGAGUUUGAUUGGAUGAAACCAGGUAAAAGUUUAAAUAUGAGAUCAGUAGACUAACAGUUAAUAGGAUGAUGAGAUGAUAACUGCUUGUAUUGUAUUACCAUUGCUGUAUUUGGUUUAUUAGGUUUUGUAUCAUUCUCUUCUGUCCAUCAAAGUAGGAUGCAAAUUGGAAUACUAGGAUCUUUGUCCUU